CAGCAAUUAGGGUUUCGAUUUUUCUCCAGAGAAUUGAAGUACAAUGAGACCUAUUUUUUGUGGAAAUUUCGAGUAUGAUGCUCGGCAGUCUGAUCUGGAGAGACUCUUCAGAAGAUAUGGGAAAGUCGACAGGGUUGAUAUGAAGUCUGGUAAGUCUGAUGUGUUUAGUUUUAACUUUUUGUUGUCAAAGUAUUAGUAUCUUUUAGCUAAUGAAAUUCUUUUAAAUAAACCUAGUUCUUUAAUAACCCUUCAUCUCUGAUGGUCAUCCAAGGUUCUCUUAAACCAUAGUUACCAUUUUUGGCAUGAUCUUAUUAACUCUUGGCAGGUUAAAAAUUAGAAGUCAAUUUUCUUUUUGCUAUGUGAAAUCAGUGGAGGCGAUCUAAGUCUAAAAGUAGCUUCCUUUCCUGUUUAAAUGUAAUUAAAGUUGGUGUCUGUUUAUAUGCUAAUGCUAUUCAUACAUAAGGAUAGUAGAAUACUACUUCAUAGUCAUUUGCACUGUGUUUUGGAGAAGCAAAUGUAUCAACAAGGGCUUGGGUCUGCUUUAACAAAUCACUACCAUGUGAUUUCUGUUCCUCAAGGAGUAUAAGUGCUGGAAUGUUAUGAUAUAAGAACUGCAGACUGAAUAGUACCAGACAAGGAACUGAUCCGGUGAAAAAUUGCCUCGUUAUGCAAUUAUAUUGAUAUUUUCAUGACUAGUGACAGAGUGAUGGUAGGAUGCAUAGGUAAGUUUUCAUAUUCGUCAAUAAAAUAUAGUAGAGAUCAGUGAUCAUCUUUUGAGAAGACAAAUGGAGUGGAAGAAGGCUGCGGUUACUAGGCAUUGGGAGGUCUCUGUGCUCACUGAAGUGACUUCAGUUCAAUACCAUGUGAACUUGCACCUGGGCGACAAAAGUGAUGCUUUGUUCCCUUACAUGGGCUGUUGGAAUGUUUUAAAAUAAGCAAAAUAUAUCUUUUCUAAGUCUGAGAACCCCCCCAUAUUCAACUGAUUUUUUGGCGCAGGAUCUCAUUGCAAUAUCGAUACAUUUCCCAGCUGAUGGAAGGGUUUCAUCUGCAUUUCAUUUCCUGACAGUGACAAGCAUCAUCUUCUAACUUCCUAGGAGAGCUCUCUGAUCAUCCAUGACAUCACCAUCACGCAUUUUCAUGUGUCAUUCUUGACUUCAUUCCUCAUGACUUUAGCCCAACCUACAUUUUUCCACGUUACACGCAGACCUCGAAGUUGAGGCAGCUGAAUAAGUCAGAGAAGGCACACACUUUACCUUGUGCUGUAAUGGAACAUCCACCUUUGGAUAGUUGUUCAUUGACAUUGCUCACUUCGUUGGCUAAGGUCUGUUACUGAUUAAACUGGUCAAUAGUUUGGGUACCUAGGGCAGGUCUUUUCGUAAUGUUACCAGACAACAUGGAAUGGGUUUGCCCAUCUAUGAUGGAUCAUUAGAUACUUCUGAAGAGGUUUCCUACAAAUUGGCUGCAGUAAACAGUUUAAGGAUUGGUGAUAUUAAGAGAAGGCUCUUGAACAUUUUUUUGUUAUCAGGUUUUGCUUUUGUCUACAUGGAGGAUGAAAGGGAUGCUGAGGAUGCAAUUCGUGCACUUGACCGAAUUGAAUUUGGUAAGAAGGGUCGUCGACUUCGUGUUGAGUGGACCAAGCAAGAACGGAGUAGCAGGCGGCCAGAAAGCUCCAAAAAAACUUCAUCUAACACAAGACCCUCAAAGACCCUCUUUGUCAUAAACUUUGAUCCGUAUCAUACAAGAACAAGAGAUUUAGAAAGGCAUUUUGAUCCUUAUGGAAAAAUAUUAAAUAUACGGGUGAGGAGAAAUUUUGCGUUCAUUCAGUUUGAAUCUCUGGAAGAUGCAUCAAAAGCUUUGGAUGCUACUAACAUGAGCAAAUUGUUGGAUCGUGUUAUUACGGUUGAAUUUGCUAUCAAGGAUGAUGAUGAUAGGCGAAACGGAAAUAGCCCUGACCGAGUUCGUGACAGAUCACCUAGGAGAGGCUAUGAUAGGGCAAGAUCUCAGAGUCCGUACAGGAGAGAGAGGGGCAGUCCUGAUUAUGGGCACAGUCGUGGCCGUAGCCCAAGUCCGUAUCGCAGAGAGCGAGCAAGUCCUGACUAUACUCGUGGGAGUAGCCAGAGCCCCAAUAGGAAGGAAAGGGGGAGCCCCAAUAGGAAGGUAAGGAGGAGCCCCAUUAGGAGAGAGCGAGCAAGUCCUGACUAUACUCGUGGGAGUAGCCAGAGCCCCAAUAGGAAGGAAAGGGGGAGCCCCAAUAGGAAGGUAAGGAGGAGCCCCAUUAGGAAGGAAAGGGAUAGCUCGGAUAGGAAGGAAAGGGAGAGUCCCGAUAGGAAGGUAAGGGGGAGCCCGGAUAGGAAGGAAAGAGGGAGCCCGAAUAGGAAGGAAAGGGAGCAUAGACGCGAUCAUGAGCGGAGUCCAAGUCCUGAGAAGGAGGAGGGAGAGACUACUGAUCACAACAAUGAACAAAGCUUAAGCCCUCAAACAAAGAAUUCCAAUGGUGAUAUAAGCAAUGGCCUGAAUCCAGGAAAGAGUGGAAGUCCCGGGUAUGAUUGUGUGCCCGGUGCAAGUCCUCAAAGAGAGAAAACUGAGAAGGCAUCUAACCCUGAUGAAUUUGCUCGUGAGAGAUCUCCAGCUUACAGUGAUGGAGAAAGCCCCCCGCCCGAUAGAUUUGGGAGCCAAUCACCCGGGGCACGGGAAAAAUAUUGAUUGCCGCCAUCUGCAACUGUGAUUGUUCCAUAGAAGGUAUGUGCUAGAUACUGCAGCUUCAGCAAGUCUUGCAAGUGACAUUUAUUAGCUAUUAUCUUUCUUUUGUAUGCACAUUGCUAUGUUAUAUUCAACUUCUGCAUCUGGACUUAACAGAAUGUAACGUUUUGCUUCUAUUUUCUUCCACCAACAUUCUCAAUGUUCCUAUGGUUUAUGCUA